CCGCGCUGCGCCUGUUGGAUUGCGGCGCGAGCCAUGCCACAUUGGAUGCCGCGAAGGCGGCGCUGUCUGCUCUUGCACGAGAGCUUAACUUCGAUUAUACGAGCGAGGACCCGCCUGAGGGCGCCUUACGCGUGCUUGUAGGCAAGAAGGUCAUCAAGGAGGCUUGGGAGAUCGAGGCCGAACGGCGUGCCAAGGCAAGGCGUGGCCGGGGCAUGGUUGAUGAAGAGCCCGACCCCUGGAGCGGGAAAACGGACUCUCAGAAGAAAGAGGUAGCGAAAGAGCCAUGGGAGGUCGCAGCGGAGCAAGGACUGCUGACUGCAGGGGCUCAGCGGAGAGCGCGAGCGGCUGCUGCUCUGAAAGCGCAGAUCACGCCUUCACACCCUAGUAGCACUGUGAAACCUCCUACGCCGGUCUCGCCGCCAGCAAUUUCUCUCUCGAAUCCGCAAUUUUACAACGAGAAAACGCAGACGCUGGCUUUACCGGCGUCGAAGCCUCCCUCGCACGCCCGUGCGUUCUCGCUUGCUAUCCCUUCCCGAGCUGGGGUUUUGGACGCUGUGGAUACAGUCCAGCUAGCACUACCCACACCGAGCCUCCCGCUUGCGCAGAUCGCUGUGGAACCGUUCGCUCAAGCAUUAAGGGUGCUGCACUUGGCGAAUCGGCGAAUGGAUCCCGUUAUUAGGCUACCACCUACGGACGGGAUUUUCCUGCCAUAUCUGGAGGAGUUGAGUCUGGAGGGAUGCGGGUUUGGAGACUCGGUACCGGUUAUUCGCGCGGAUGCGAACGCCGGCUCCGGUUUGCUCACACGGACUUCUGAGUCGCUUCUACCGCUGCUUGCGAAGCUCUUCCCCAGCCUCCAGGACCUUGAUUUGUCGGACAAUGUUCUCACGUCUGAGGCAUUAACAAAGGAGGCCCUGUCGUCCCUCGUUCUAUCUGGCCCUGCUCGCAAGGGCCUCAAGCACCUACGCCUGCGGGGCAACCGUUUGGAGUCUCUGGAUGGCUUUACCGCCAUUGCGGAGCAUUUCAAGGGUAAUAGGGAUUUCCCCGAGUGGAAGCUCGAAGAGCUCGACUUGCGGGAUAAUGCGAUUAGCAAACUACCGCCGGAGUUGGGACUGCUUCCUCUGGACGUAUUUUUGGUCGAUGGGAAUGUUUUCCGAGUUCCUCAGCGCCGUAUCUGGGAGCGAGAAGGUACGAAGGGAUUAUUGAGCUGGUUACGUGGGAGGAUAGAAUAGUUCGUCUCUGCUAAUGGUCUUAAUACGCAGUCAUAAAUAGUAUUUUCGUGGUUAUACC